AUGCAUAGGGAUUUUGUAAAUAAAAACAAUAAUAGCCAAAAUCAAGGAAAUACUAGAUUUCAGGGCGAAAGUCAAAAUAGUUCUGUCCAACAAAUACAGUCCACAAAUACAAAUCAAUUACAGUCCACUAAUAUCGCAGGUCCGUCUGGUGUUGUUCAGUCACAUCACACAUCAGUAGCUAAGAAAGUGAUGUUGGCUACAGCUUGGGUCAAUAUAAUUAGUUGUGGUUCCUAUUACAAAGUUCGAGCACUCAUAGAUCCUUGUUCGGAUGAAAGUUUUGUUUCUCAGAGAAUACAAACUGUAUUGAAGUUGCCCAAUAAGCCAGUUUCCGCAGAAAUUACUGGUUUAGGAGGAGAAUUAGUAAGCAAAUCUUCAAAGAUUGCGAACUUUAUAAUUGUUUCUCUGUUUGAUCAAAAUGUAUCUCUAAAUAUUCAGGCUUUAGUAGUUACUCGUGUAACAGGAAAUGUACCUACACAUACAUUUAAGCCUCCAAAGAAUAUAGAUUUGCCCAAUCUGAAUUAUGCUGACCCCAAGUUUUAUGAAAGCAGUGAAAUAGACUUAUUGUUAGGAGGUGAUUUGUAUCCCCUAAUUCUUCGUGAUGGAGUUCAACAUGGAAUUUUCGAAUCUUUAGUGGCCCAAGAGACAAUUUUUGGCUGGAUUGUCACAGGCCCAACUCCAAGUAAUGAUUCCUCACGUUUUUCAAUAACCAAUUAUAUGACAAAAGUUUCCAUUGACGAUCAGUUAACAAAGUUUUGGGAGUUAGAAGAAGUUUCUCGUAGAAAGAUUUUAUCAGAAGAGGAUAAAAAAUGUGAAGAGAUCUAUCUUUCUACUUCCACAAGAAAUUCUGAAGGAAGAUAUAUAGUUUGUUUGCCCUUUAAAGAUACUUUUUCGUCACUUGGCCCAAAUCGUCAUAUUGCUCUCAGUCAAUAUUUAAGAAAUGAAAAGGUUUUAAUGCGAAAUCCUGAAUUUAAGGCUCAAUAUGAUGAGGUUUUAAAAGAAUACAUAGCUUUGGGACACAUGGAGAAAAUUGAAAAUUCAGAAAGUAGUCCGAGUUAUUAUUUACCUCACCAUGGAGUUUUUAAGCCUGACAGUACCACCACAAAGUUAAGAAUUGUUUUUAAUGCUUCAAGCUCGUCUUCUAAUGGUAACAGUCUUAACGAUUUGCUGUUUGUAGGCCCUAUAUUGCAAGCUGAUUUAGUAGCCCUAAUUCUAAAAUGGCGACUCUUUCAGUUUGUCUUUAAUGCAGAUAUAUCCAAAAUGUAUCGACAAAUUUUAUUAAAAUCUGAACAUAGACAGUAUCAGAAGAUAGUUUUUCGUAGUCCUAGUGAAACCCAAAUCGAAGAUUAUCAGUUGAACACCGUCACUUUUGGCGUUAAUUGUGCCCCCUUUUUGGCCCUUAGAACGCUUUUACAGUUAGCUGACGAUGAAGAACGAUGUUUUCCGCUAGGCUCAAGAAUUCUUCGUGAGUCAAUGUAUGUUGAUGAUGCUCUUGUUGGAGCUCAUUCGAUCCCUGAUGCUUUGGAGGCACGAGACCAAUUAAUUGGUAUAUUGGGUACAGCUGGGUUUGAGUUGAGAAAAUGGGCCUCAAACUCUAAACAAAUUUUAAAAAAUUUGCCCCAAGAACAUCUUCUUAACUCUUCUUUUUUGUCGCUCGAUGAUAAAAGUAAUGCUAAAACACUCGGUGUCCGUUGGAAUGCGGCAGAAGAUUACUUUUAUUUUACAACUGAGAAGAUUAAGUUCAAAACAGCUUAUACAAAGAGGGAAGUACUCUCAAUUAUAGCAAGGCUAUUUGAUCCAGCAGGUUGGUUGGCCCCAGUGAUUAUAACAGCAAAGAUUUUGAUGCAGCAAAUGUGGCUCGACAAAAUAGACUGGGACGAACAUAUAAAACCUGUGGCUCUACAAAAAUGGAAGACAUUCAUUUCUAAUUAUAAUGAGAUUGAUACAAUUAAACUUGAUCGUUGGGUUCAAUAUACGCCUAGUUCUUAUAUUGAAUUUCAUGGCUUUUGUGACUCUUCUGAGUUAGCUUACGCAGCUACACUAUAUAUACGUAUUGUGAAUGGUGAUAAAGUUUAUGUAAAUCUACUAAUUGGCAAAACAAAAGUGGCUCCAGUUAAAAGGCCAUCUUUGCCGCGUUUAGAGUUGUGUGGCGCAGUUCUUUUAGCCAAUUUAGUAAACAGCGUAAUCCCCAAUUUCAAAUUGCAUACGUAUAAUUUAUAUUUGUGGUCCGAUUCGACAAUAGUUCUUGCUUGGUUACGAAAACCGCCAUGUAAUUGGAAAACCUUUGUUGCAAAUAAGGUAGCAACAAUAUUAGAAAAAGUAGGAAACAAAAAUUGGUUUCACGUAGCUUCUAAUCACAAUCCUGCCGAUCUAGCAACCCGGGGGCUGAUACCUUCGGAUUUAAGAGAAAACAAACUUUGGUGGCAUGGUCCUGAUUGGCUCAGAUUAAACAAAUCGUCGUGGCCCGAAGGUCCAUUAGAAUUCGAAACAGUAGAAGAAUCGAAACAAGUGCAAGUUAAUAUUGCUAGAUCCGCUGAACGAGAAGAUAUACUGGACCGUUUCUCAAGUUUGCCCAGAGCAUAUCAUUCGCACUUUUCUGAUGAGUUUAGUUGUCUGUCAUCGAAAAAGAAAAUUGACUCUCGUAGUCCUUUAUUAACGCUUAUGCCUUUCUUAGACAAAAAUGGUAUUAUUCGUGCUAAUGGUCGUCUUGGCUCUACAAAAUGUUUGUCAUACAAUGAACGACAUCCCGUAAUACUUGCAUAUACUAGUAGAUUAGCACGACUUUACGUUGAGUUUGUCCACAAUAUGGUCUUACAUGGAGGCCCUCGUUUAGUCCUAAAUGUCGUACGUCAGGAGUGUUGGAUUAUAAAGGCUAAAAAUCUAAUAAAAACGGUCAUCCACAACUGUAAAAUCUGCGUUAUACAUAGAAAAAAGCUUCAAAAUCAGAUCAUGGCAGUGCUACCUGAAGAAAGAACUACUUUAAGUCGCCCUUUUACUAACACAGGUGUUGAUUUUGCCGGCCCAUUUGAAAUCAAAAGUUUCACUGGUCGAUAUUGCCGUAUCACUAAAGGCUACGUGUGUCUAUUUGUUUGUUUCUCUACUAAGGCGAUUCACAUUGAGGCCGUUAGCGAUUUGUCCACUCCUGCAUUUCUAGCAGCUUUGGCUCGAUUUGUUGCUCGUCGUGGUUGCCCUAGUCGCAUUUUCUCUGAUAAUGGAAGGAAUUUUGUUGGCGCUGCAAGAGAACUUGAAAAUAACUUCGAAAAACAUAUAGAAGAAUUACGUGAUUCGGCAGUAGAAAAAUAUGGUCAUCAACAUCUUGAGUGGCACUUUAUUCCUGCAGCAGCUCCUCAUAUAGGAGGACUGUGGGAGGCAGGAGUAAAAAGUUUGAAAAUGCACUUUAAAAAGUCAGCUGGACAAAUGAAAUAUACGUUUGAAGAGUUUUCGACACUUUUGGCAAAGAUAGAAUCGUGUCUCAAUUCGCGUCCUCUUGGCCCUACGUCCGACAGCAUCGAUGAUUUGCCCGCUCUUACUCCUGGUCAUUUUUUAAUAGGCUCUGCUAUUCUUACUCCUGCUGAACCUGAAGAGCUUAGCUCGCCAAUUAGUAUAGUAAACCGUUGGCGAAAAAUCAAAGCAUUGCAGCAAGAAAUUUGUCACCGUUGGAAAGACGAAUAUUUAAAAGAGUUGCACAAGCGUAAUAAAUGGAAAAGUCCCCAAAUAGACUUAAAAGAAAAUGACCUCGUUGUUCUUAAAAGUGAACCUUGUUGUCCAACUGAAUGGCGCUUAGGUCGUGUUGUAAAAGUUUAUCAUGGUUCUGACGGUAAAGUUCGAGUGGCUGACCUUAAAACUCAAAAUGGCGAAAUCACUCGACCGAUACACAAAUUAGUUUUACUCCCUAAUUGCACUGAUUAA